AUGUCCCCCACGGACUGCCUCGAUAAACAGUGUGUCAACAAGUCCGCGUCAGCGCAAAACGUCACUUCACUGCAAAACGCGGAUUCGUUCGAGGUGUUCGACUUCUACACGACCACCUCCUCAUUCACCAACGCAGAUCUGAUCGCGAGGUACGGUAGUGCCGUGGAUCCCCCAAGUCAAGAGACGUUGUCCUCUUCGUCCGGCGAGAGCAGCACGGAAAGUACGGAGAGCGCGAGUUUUUCAUCUCCUGGUAUCAAACUUCAGAAUCUUCCGUACAGGGAUGCGCUGCAUCUGACCAAAAAAUGGCUUAACCAAGAGUUCGUC